AUGGGUUUCAAAGAAGAGGUGAGGUCAGGGUUUAUUGCUGGUGCAGCCUUAAUACUAUUUGAAGGCAUAGCCAAGUUUGCUGUAUCGGAAAUUGGCAAACUAUGGAACGUGGAUGCUGAGUUACGAAGGUUAGAAAGAUGCGUCUCAAAAGUAAUGGCUAUGAUUGAGUGGGUGGAGGAUGGCCAUUGUAAUUGUUUCUCAAGCGAAAGAAGCAAAAAGGCAUGGGAGCUCUGGCUCGAAGAUAUCAAGACACUUGCCUGUUUUGCUGAUGAUCUCCUAGAUGAGAUUUCAUUAGAACUGGAUCAUCAUAAUAGGGUCAAAGUUGCAGCAAAUGCUUCUUCAUCUCAAGAAGAACACCCUUUACGCAAGAAAAUUUUGUCGUCGGGCAAACUAAACGUGCCGCGUCAAAUUAGCAAAUUGAGAGAAAAGUUAGAAGAUCUUGCAGGGGAAAUGGACAAACUCUUGAGUUUUGAAUCACACAAAUCUGAAAAGACUACAGAAGUAGUGACAUCCUCCAGCAGCACUUCAUUUGUUGGUAAAUCCUUAAUUGUUGGAAGAGAGAUUCAAAAGGCAGAGAUUGUAGAGAAGUUACUAUGUGAUAUAUAUAUGCCUAGGCACAAGUUAUCCAUAAUUCCCAUUGUCGGUAUGGGAGGGAUAGGCAAAACGGCACUUGCCCGACUUGUUUACAAUGAUGAACAAGUCAUAAAGUCCUUCUAUUUGAGGAUGUGGGUCUCGGUAUCUAUGGAUUUUGAUGUGGUUAGAGUCACAAAAUCAAUCAUUGAGUCAGCCACCAAGACAAGUUGCACACUCAUGGACUUGGACCCACUUCAAGUAACACUUCAGAAAUUGCUUUGUGGUAGAAGAUUUUUGCUUGUGUUAGAUGACCUUUGGAGCGAGAAGGACAGUGAUUGGGAAAUCCUAUCCGCUCCUUUAAGAUUUGGUUACAAUGGUAGUAAGGUUAUUAUUACUACUCGAAGUAGAAGAGUAUCAAAUGUUGUUGGUUCAGACCCGUACCUCCUACAUUUUUUACAUGACAUGGACUGCUGGAAUAUAAUAAGGCAAAGGGCAAUUCUCAACAACAUUAUUGGCGCAGGGGAGAAUGUUGAUGCAAUAGGGCUGGAAAUAGCUAAAAAAUGCAAAGGUUUGCCUUUGGCGGCAAAUGUGCUUGCGAGUACAAUGAGUUGCCUUCCUUAUGAGGAGUGGGAUGCGAUUUUGAAAAGUGAUUUGUGGGAUUUGACUCAGUGUAGAGAUGCUAUCUUUCCAUCUCUAGCAAUUAGAUACCGUUGUCUUCCUGCGGAAUUGAAGAAAUGCUUUGCUUACUGUGCUCUAUUCCCUGCAAGUUAUAAGUUUGAAGAGGACAAUUUAGUCUUGAUGUGGUUGGCCGAAGGACUCAUUCAGCCUAUGGGUGAAAUAACUUUGGAAUGCAUUGGUAAGCAGUACUUUAAGGAUCUAGCUGGGAGGUCAUUUUUUUACUUAGAAAAGAAGAAGAUAUACAAAAUGCAUGACUUCUUUCGCGAGAUGGCUCAAUUUAUUUCUACAGACAUAUGUUUGCAGAUUGAGGAUGAAAAUCCAACAUGUUCCCCUUCACUUGGAAGCAUUCGUCAUUUGUCGCUCUGUUGCAACAAUUUGGUGUCAGUUAAAUCUAUGGAGGAAUUCCCCAAGUGUGAAAGAUUGCGGACCUUCCUCUUGACAUGUCGGAAUGUCGACGCAGGUGUUGGUGAGGCAACAACUUAUCUCCUCCAAAAGUUUAGUCUGCUAAGAGUUCUGGAUUUGAGUCAUGGGCACAUUGUUGAGCUGCCAGACACAAUUGACAAUUUAAUGUACCUUCGUUACCUUAAUCUAUCUGGUAAUCUUUUACGACGUAUACCAGAAUCAAUAGGUACACUCUUUUAUUUGCAGACACUUCAGUUGAAUAGUUGCAAAGAACUUUGUUAUCUCCCUGCAAGUUUGAGGAAUCUGGGAAACCUUCGGCAUCUUCAGUUUGAUAAGUGUUGGCGAAUAGAGAACAUGCCAUCAAAAUUUGUAGAAUUAACAAAUCUUCAAACCCUGUCUACAUUUGUGGUUAGUGAAGCUGAAGGUUAUACUAUUGUGGAACUAAAGAAAAUGACAUUUCUCAAGGGAUCACUUCACCUCUUCGGAUUUGAAAAUGUAAAAGAUGAAACUCAGGUAUUAGAGGCCAACUUACACAUGAUGUCGUUGCUCAACGAACUUGAGUUGGAAUGGGUCGUUCGUAGAGUUGGGCAUGAUACACUAGUUGUCCUUGGUCACGUUAAGUUUCAUGAAAAUCUGGAGAAAUUGGUAAUAACAGGCUACUAUGGUUGUGAAUUUCCUCAACGUUGGUUGAUCGAUUCAGGUUUCAAUCUUAAAAGCAUUCACUUGAAGGGCUGUGAUGAUUGCCCGUCGCUCCCAGUUCUUGGACAUCUCCAGCUCCUUGAAUCUCUUUGCAUUGAAGAUAUGCCUUUGGUAAGAGAAGCUCAGGCUGGUUUUUUUCAGGGAUUCCCAUCACUGAAGUCACUCAAAUUUUGGAACAUGUUGACGCUGACAAGAUUGGUGGAUUUAAUAUCUGGGGACGUGCCUUCUCUUCGUGUUCUCAUAUGCAAAAAUUGUCCCAGCCUAAGAAGUUUACCUUCUCUUGACAUCCUCGGUUCUCUCACCAUAUUAAAGAUCAAAAAGUGCCCGGCAGUAGGGAAAUUGCCAGAAAGGAUGCCUAUUUCUCUCCGGAAGAUAGAUGUCAGAGGAAGUGAAAUUGUUGCAGCUCGAUGUCAAGUAGAUCAAGAGGAUUGGAUAAAGACAAGAGGAAUACCAGGCCUCACGAUUCGUACCACUGAUGAAUAA